GGCAAAUGAUGACCAUGUUUAUUACAACUUUAGUCGUUGCUUCAAUUUUUACUUGUUCCCGGGUAUCUUCAGUAUCUUAUUGUCAACUUCCUCAAGUGAGCGCGGAAAUUGACAUUGGAAAAGUGCAAGGUGAUUGGUAUGUUUCAGCACACCAAAAUCAAGAGAUGUUUAACGUUAUACGUUGUGAAGUGUCAACAUCUACAAAAACUGAACAAGGUUUCACAGCCUACUUUAAGAUUUACAACGGUGGAAAUUCGAGUAAUAUUAAAGAAGUUAGGUCAGUAUUUAAUCGUGUUGCCCCUUCAACUUUCCACAUCGUACAAAGCAAAGGUUACAGUGAUGAAAUUGCAGAAAUUAAAAAAGAAGAUACGAAUUCUGGAGCCGAAGCAAAUAUCGUGCUUGAAAACGAUUCAGUCAUACAAAAUCCUUUACUUUUCAUAUCAGAUAAUAAGACAUAUAAGCUGAUCCUUCAUUGUAACUUGAACGGCGGUAAGGAAAUUCUUGUUGAAACCAGAACCCCAUCAGCAAAGAGUGAAGUCAUUCUUAAAGUACGUAACAAGUUGAUCGAAUUCGGAAACGGUUGGGAAGACGUUAAAGUUUAUCCUAGCCAAUGCGAUAGAGUUAUUGGUAAAUAAAGGAAAAAUGACCGUCUAACUAUUGAGAAAUAUGAAAUAUUUGGAACUUGGUAAAAAUGUUAUGCAGAAUAAUAGGAAAAUUACAAAUUAUUUAUUGUCUUUGUUAUUAGUGACAAUUUUUAAGCCUUUUCAUUUUCACGCAUAUUCCAUGUUCGGAAAUAAAAUAUAAUUGGAGUUCA